AUGGUUGCAUAUCCUGGACUUCCCGGUGAAUCUCUAGGUCGAGCUCGGAGACGAAACAGCUCAGGAGAAAGGAGGGUGGGAAUCCGACGAUUCUAUUGGCUAAAGCUUCAAAUUGAUGGAGUUACUUUGACAGAUGAAGUAUCUAUGGCUAUGUCCAUGGUUUCCAAUCAUGAAAAUCAAUUCAGACUUGUCAUGGUUAAACUCAACAUGCCUGGCCUACAUGACCUUGCGUUUGUGGAUUUAUUGCAUGAGAAGGACAUUCCAGUUGUUUUCAUCUCAUCUGGAGGGUCUGAGGAUACUAUUUGGAAAACAUUAGCUAAAGGACCUUGUUAUUUCCUCGAGGAACCAAUCCUUUUUGAGGAUCUCCAAUACUUGUGGCUAAUUGCACAUCAGUCAAAACCUAAGUCAGCAAUAGAAGCACAACAUGCAAACAAGGCUUGUAGAGAAAAGGAAGAAAGGAAGAUUGAUAAUGAUGGUAAUGAAAGCAAGCAAGGAGAGAAGAGAGAAGAACUUAGGCCAGCCAUGAUGAACUUUAACCGUGAUAACCAUAUACCUAAGGAGACUGAGAAAAGAAGAGAACACAAAAUUGGAUUUGCGAAGAAAAGGAAAAUCCUUUGGACUCUUGAGCUGCGUCAAAAGUUCACAGAAGCCCUAGAAUAUCUAGGCGGCAUUGAGAGUAAUAUUGCUCGUCCAAAAGCGAUUCAAAAAUUAAUGAAAGUGUCUGACCUAACAUUAAACCAGAUUUCAAGUUAUAUGCAGAGAUACAAACUUCAGCUAAAGCGUAAUAAGGUCACUAUCGGUUAUGGUUCAUAUCAAGCGGGUACAUCAUCAAACAUUAGUGGCAAGACUACGUUUCCCUCCUCGUUAGGGAGUUCAAGUUACCGAGGUAUCCCUACAUCAUUUGCUCCCUUAAAUGCGAGCCCAAAACAAGACCUGAACUCUGGUGAAACUCAAGAAUCAGAUAUUCACAAACUGCAGAGUGUCCUAAGCAAUUCAUUUGUUGCAAAUGAAUUGGCCAGCCAAAUUGAUGGUGCUAUAGUGGGAAACUCUAUUCCAAAUGCUUCUUCAACACUUCAAAACCUACCUGAAAAUGAAUAUGAAGAGUUCUUCAGAAGUCUUGAAGAUAUUGAAACUGAUAAUUUUGGACUCAUGAUGUAA